AUGCAGGAGCCCGAACGUUUCAUUCUGACGCCGUUCCAAAAGUUUUGCAUCAGAUGGAGCGUGUUUUUCGACUCUUCCUCGGACCGUCUGUCCAGAACCGAAACGGUGCUUAGGACCGUUCAGUUUUCGACGAUCAUGAUCACGUCGGGGAUGACCAUGACUUCGGUGUUGAUCGCCGACAACAAAAAAGCGCUCGAGUCGUUCACGUACUUCGUGAUAUGCGUGUUCAUGUUGGCCAUCAUCACGUUCGCCAUCCGGACGAAACGUUUCAACCGGACCAUGCUGCUGAUGGUCGUCGACGAAUUUCCCGGCUACAACAGGCCCAUGCCGGAUGUACUGAAGCGCAAGAUGGCGGCAAUACGCACGUCCCACGGCGACUUCACGAUGAAGGUGAUCGUCUCGUAUCUUACACUGGUCUUGUUCGAGAUACCGGCCACGGGGAUGGUGCCGCUGGCAGCCGCCAGUCUCACCGACGUCAAGUUGGGUUCACAAAGCACGCAGAUGGUGGUCCUGUGGUUCCCGGCCGAUACAAGUCAGGUCGGGAUGUAUGCGUUCUCGUAUGUGAUACAGUUCUUAAUCGUCGUGACCGUAAAGUUCAUCAUUACCGGAAUCAUGUGUUCGUUUUCGUUCUUCGUCAGCCAAAUGAUAUCCGAGUUCCAGAUACUGUCCGCCUACGUCGAGCACGCGGUCGAGAUCGUCGAGUACGACCAGUCUACGGACAAGACCACCGAACAGAAGCUGUUGGACCACGUGAAGAACUGCGUGAUGCUUCACGACCGGCUGAUUCACUUCAAGGACCAGCUGAACGAGAGUUACGGAUACAUUAUACUGCUGGAGCUCAUGUUCAGCACGCUCUACUUCUGCCUGUCGGCGUUCAACAUGAUAUUCGUGGGAAACCGGUUCGUCAUGGUCAAAGGUCUGCUGACGCUCUCCAACUACCUGGCAGAGUUGUUCAUAUUUUGCAUGUACGGCAGCAUGGUCGAGGACGCGCACAUGGGCCUGCUGAGGGCUUCGUACUCGGCAGCAUGGUACGCACAACCCGUGCGCUUCCGCCAGUCGCUGACGAUGGUGAUGUCCAGGACGCAGACGCCGUUACAGUUAACUGUCGGCAAGGUGUUCAUAGCCAACCUACCACUGUUCCUGUCUGUACUCAAGGUCUCAUAUUCGGGAGUCAAUGCUCUCAGGGCGGCAAACGCCAAGUAG